AGUACUGGUACAAUACGUCCAUCAAUCUCAUUUCAUUUUCCAUUUUCCAUUUCCGUCUCUCUCUCGCGUUUUCUCUCCCAAUUGGAAAUAGAAAAUUAUUACGACAUGGUAGAUUAUGAUCUAGGUAGAUCUACCUACGAAUCGACAUCCAUCUUCUCGACGACGACGACAUCCUCGUCGCUCGAGAGCUCCUGCACCGUGACGUACUUGCCAAUGUCCUCCUUCUUGAUGACCUUCUCCUUGAGCCACGACGUGGUGCCCUUGGGGAAGCGGUAG